UGUGACGUCAUACGUAAAUAAGUUCAAGCUUGUGCUGCUUACUCGGGGGGUUUCUAUAAUUAUCUCUCGCCUCAGAAAUAUACAUGACAGAGCUACAAUUACAUACUUUUAGUAGAUCAAACGGAGUUGGCAUUUUAUUCGACACAGAAGGAUAUGCUAUCUGACGUUGGAACGUAAAUACAAAGUCAAAACCGUGUGGACAACAAACCGAGACGUCAAUAGCUAACAGGAGUCAUCACCCCAAAUCUCCACACCGUCUCACUUUCUCUUCCAUUUCGUCUGUAGUCGGGCUUUACAGUCCGUCACCAAGUUCAGUCCGUGGUUUCGCCAGGAGAGGAUGAACUGGCUUUUCCCCCUGUCCAAAGGCUCCGGAUCUCUCCCUCUGAACAGCCUACAGCAACAAAGACAGCGACAGAUCGAGUCACUCAAAGCCGCUCAUCCCAGCCUCGCAGAGAUCCAGAAGGAUGUGGAGUACAGGAUACCAUUCACAGUCAACAACUCCACCAUUAGUGUUAACAUUCUGCUGCCUCCUCAGUUCCCCCAGGAGAAGCCGGUGGUUAGUGUCUACCCCCCUGUUGGUCAUCAUUUGGUCGACGGCAAUAAUGGCACCAUUAUCACUAGUCCUCUCAUUACUAACUUUGGGAUGCACUCGGAUCUGGGGAAGGUCAUUCAGAGUCUGCUGGAUGAGUUCUGGAAAAGUCCUCCUGCCUUGAUGUCCUCUGGCCCUGCUGGCUUUACUUAUAUGUACAAGUCGUCGGGCAUGGCUCCUUACCCCACUCAGGCUUACCACUACGGUCCUCGUCACGUGGGCCCCGGUCACACAGCGCCUCCUGGGCCAGGCCCGGCUCCAGCUCUCAUGCCUCACCCAGGAGCCGAUGGUGGCCAUGGGCCCCCUCGGGCUCCAGCCCCGUACGGAGUGAUUUCUGACCUGCCACUGCCUGUUCCUACUGGAGACUCACAGGCUGGAUUGAACGGACACAUGUACAAGAUGCCUGAGAUUCCUGAGUCUUUUCCUGAACUCUGUGACUUGAAUCUGGCCCAGUUGUCCAACAUGUCUGAAAACGAGGAUUUGUUACUGGAGUUCUUUGUGAGUUUGCCACAACUGAAACAGGUCACCAGUGAUAAAGAAGAGCUGAUCACCAAUAUAGUUGAUGUGGCUAAGAAAAAUCUUCAGAUGGAGCCACAGCUGGAAGGAAAAAGACAAGAAAUGCUCUACAAGUAUGAACAGCUGACUCAGAUGAAGUCGGCCUUUGAGACUAGAAUGCAGAGACAGCAUGAGCUCAGUGAGAGUUGCAGUCUUAGUACUCUCCAGGCUCGGUUAAAAGUUGCAGCCCACCAGGCUGAGGAGGAGUCGGAGGAGACGGCUGAAAACUUCCUGGAGGGACGCACGGACAUAGACGAAUUCCUGACCAGCUUCAUGGAGAAGAGAACGCUUUGCCACAGCAGAAGGGCCAAAGAGGAAAAAUUGCAACAGUCCAUCAACACACAUGGACCGUUUCCUACCAGCCACUAGAACACAAGGUUUGGUGUUUUCUCAGCCAACUGCUGCCAACUAAAAGAAUAAAGACUUUUGAGGAGACGAAAAGCACACUGAGUCAACAAUGGGCACUUUGGAAGACACUAAUUGCAAUGGUGGGCUAAAAAAAGAAGCCCACUGUGCCCAGAUCUGGGCUAAAAAAAUACUGUUGAAGUUGGAUUGCCUGAGAGCAAGAUAGGUAAGCUAUUGUGUCACUACAAGAGGGCCAAAGGAGUGACACCUGCCUAGCGUUUCCAACCAUGUUACUAAGGAUUGAUCACAUUUUGGAUCAUUUCUAUUGCAUAUGCUGUUUGUCCAGUUUUGACUUGACAGGGAUGACAAAGAGUUGUGUUUCUUUCCUAUAUUUAUGUCACGUUGAGGGCAACACCUGCACCUGAUCAGAGUUAUUAGUGACACAUUUGAA